UAUCAGACACAGGUGACAAACGAGGUGUUCCCAUGCCAAUCAGAUAACACAGUCGGCACAGGGUAUAGCUUAUCUCACAAUACCCCACCACGCACCCCUGCAGCUCAACGCAUUGUCGUGACGCGCCUCGACACUUCCUGAAGCCACACUGUACAGGAUUGAAGUGCAGUUGUCGCGCUUAGCAACGUGACAACAUCUUGGACAGCGAUCCCAGAAAGACGAGACUGUGUAGAGUGUUCCCCAGCUGUCAUCAUGGGUGGCUGUAGUUCCCUUGGACGACUCGUCCUCGUCAUCUUGAACCUACUAUUUUUGGUGAUUUCCCUGGCACUGCUGGCUGUCGGGGCAAUACUGAAGUUCACGCCAGGAACGUUGAUGGGUUUCCUCCUGGCCGGGGCACAGUCCGCGAUACCCACAGCUCCUCCAUCUCCUACAGGUGUAGGCUACACCGUGCCUACCAUCCCCAUACCUGACACGCUCAGCUUCAUGCCAAUGGUAGGCGAUGUCGCCACGGUGCUGCUGGUGCUCGGGGUCGUGCUGUUCUGCAUCUCCUUCCUGGCGUGCUGCGGAGCGUGUUGUAAAUGGAGACCUUUCCUUGUCGUGUUUGUCAUUCUGGUGAUUCUCCUGAUCUUGGGGAUAGCGGUCAUAGGUGCCCUGUUUCUCGUCAAGGACUCCGUGCUUCACGACACCAUCCGCAGCUCCCUGGUGGCGAAGACUAAAGCCGAAUAUGCUUCACACAAGGAUGGAGCAUUCAUACAGAUCACAAAUGUCCUUGCUCUUGAGAUGAAAUGCUGUGGGUUCACGGGGCCCUCGGACUUCGUCAAGAACGUGACCACGGACUUUCAGGAGGUUCCUGUGACAUGCUGUAAGGAGUUGGGACAAAAAUGUUUAACAAACAGGGAAGCUAAAGAUAUCCAACAAACGGGCUGCUAUGAAAAACUACAAGACAUGAUCGAGAACUCGAAAACAUGGGCCAUUGUUGGCCUCGUCGGUAUACUCGUCCUGCUGCUGCUUGAAGUUGUCUUCGCCAUCCUCAUCGUUGUGGACGUCAGCAGCAACAAAGUGGGCCAGUCCUAGAUACAGCAUGAUGCAUGAUCUGUGAUGAUUCAAGAUACAGUCUUCAUGAUUCAAGAGGGGGUUUUCAUGAUUCAAGAUCAAGAUCACAGUCAAUUAGCUCCACAGGAAAAGUUAAUCAAUCGAAAGUUCAGGAGCAAUGUAAUAUAACGUGCUUGCGGACCAUGAAGUGAUUCAACAGUGGAUGUGGUGUAUGCAGGGUGUGUGUGCAGGACGGGGUCAGGGGUCAAGGUCUCAACCUGUGCUUUGCUUCCAUGUGUUAUAUACACAACGCCAAAAGAAACGUGAACCAUAGGAACAUACAGAGAUGUUUUCAAUAUGUACCAAUUAAUGAGUGAGUGAGUAUGGUUUUACGCCGCUUUUAGCAAUAUUCCAGCAAUAUCACUGCGGGGGACACCAGAAAUGGGCUUCACACAUUGUACCCAUGUCGGGAUUCGAACCAGGGUCUU